CUCCGCGGCCACGCCCACCAGUUCAGUUGAGUGAAGCUGCAGUUCGUCACCCGCGAGGGAGGGAAACUCCGCUCAACUUUCAAGAAGUGACCACGAGCGAGCGAGGGUUCCUCUUUUGCUUCUUCUUCUCGAGCUUCUUGACGUAUCUACCGCGUUGCCCUCCACGCCGGGCCUCCCCUUAUUCUUUUUUACUUUGAACUUGUCGGACUCGGAGUCGUUUGAAAAUUGCCGAGAAUGGCCGACGCGCCCGCGUCCAACUCGGCCAGCUGCCUGGAGAGGCUGAAAAGUUAUGUGAGGACCCAGAAAGGCAUGAUCCUCGCCGCCGAAAUCGUCAUCAGUUUCAUCAUCAUCAUUUGCUAUGCGGCAUCCUUGUACGGCGGCUACUCCACGGUGGCCAUCUGCGAGCUGGUCUUCGCCGCCAUCUUCUUCGGCAUUUUCAUGAUGGACCUGGAUAAGCAGUUCCAGUUGGUCAACUGGAUGUGGAGCGACCUGUUCCGGGCCGGCAUCGGCGCCAUCCUUUACAUCAUCACGUCGUUGGUGUGCGUGAUAGGCGGCAGUGGCGACGGUGCCCGCAUCGCCGGCGGGGUCUUCGGCUUGGUGGCCAGUCUGCUCUUUGCUUACGACACCUACACCAUCUUUUUGCAAAUCAAGAGCACCAGGCAGCACACGCCGGCCGCCACCGAUGACAGAGUGUAAGCAUAUCCACGUGUGCUCCUUGAGGACGCGGCGGAACAACAAGAGGUCUGAGCAAGGGUUCCAUCUUCAAAUCUACAUCCGCAGCGGAAAUGCUCUCUCCGCCAACCCGACGUGGGAUCACGGCUUAAAUAGGGAAACCUGCCAGCGCCUCGCCUUCUCAAUUUCUACUUACUUUCAAAUAUGACAGAUUACUGUCGUCAGGAGUAACUCUUAACAUCACACGAUGCCUCAGGACAAAUAGCUCCCCCCACCCCCUGCCAUGAGUCAUUCGACGUAUUGCUGUCACAAGAGUAAGCAACUCGAGUCCAACUUUCAAAGUUAAGGGAAAAGCAAGCAAUGUCUUCCGGUUUAGCUCGGUGAAUACAUUCAAACAUAUAUUUACUGUUUGUCGGCGGCCAAGUGGUUAAUGUGAUGAUUUGACUUGAAGCAAAUCAUGUUAAAAGUUUGAAGUGGGAUUCCUGAAUCGGAGGUUUGUCUCCUAAACCCAAAUAACAAGCCACGUAGCUAAAGUUCUUUUAACCCUUUUUAUGGUACGAUUUCAGUAUUAUGAUUCUUUUUUUUUUUUUUUUUUUAACUUAGAAUGUUAUUGGUGCCAUUAAUGUGUGUGUAAUUCUUCUGGAAAUGCCCCAAAAUCAACAGAAAGUGGCCAAAAUAAACCAGAAGAUACACAGAUAACAUCCAAAAUAAACAGGAAGUGAAUAAAAUAAACAGAAAUGAAUCAGGAAAUGCCCGAAAAUCAACGGGAAGUGGCCAAAAUAACAUGAAAUGACCCAAAUCAACAGAAAGUGAUCAAAAUAAACAUUAAGUCACUCAGAAAUGCCCCCAAAAAAUCAACAGGAGACACUAAAUUAAACGGGAAAGUACUCAGAAAUGGCCCAAAAUCAACAGCAAGUGACCUGGAAAUGGCCCCAAAUCAACAUGAAGUGACCAAAAUAAAAAGUAAAUCGGCCACAAAUGCCCUAAAAUCAAUAGGAAGACUCUAAAAUAAACUGGAAGAUACUCAGAAAUGACUUCAAAUCAACAGGAAGUGACCUGGAUGACUAAGAUAAACAGUAAAUCAGCCACAAAUUCCUGAACGGCAAGUGGCCAAAAAUUCACACUGAAUGACCCAAAAUAAACAGCAAGUGAUCUUGAAAUGCCCCAAAAAAUCAACAGGAAAAGACUAAAAUCAAACAAAAGAUAGUCAGAAAUUACCUAAUAUCAACAGGAAGUGGCCAAAAUAAACACUAAAUGACCCAAAAUCCACACAAAGUGACCAAAAUAAACAGUCACACAGAAAGGGCCAAAAAAAUCAACAGGGAGAGACUAAAAUCAACCAGAAAAUACUCAGAAAUGACCCAAAAUCAACCGGAAGUCACCUGGAAAUGCCCCAAAAUCAACAGGAAGUGGCCAAAAUAAAUACUAAAUGACCCCAAAUCAACAGAAAGUGACCAAAAUAAACAGUAAAUCACCUUGAAAUGCCCCCCAAAAAAUAAACAGGAAGAGACUAAAUGCAACCGGAAGAUUUUCAGAAGUGACCCAGAAUCAACAGGAAAUGAGCAAAAUAAAAUCAACCAGAAGAUACUCAGAACUGACCCAAAAUAAACAGGAAGUAAUCCAGGAUUGUUCCAAAAUCAAUAGUCAGGGACUACAAUCAAUGGGGAGUCACCAGGAAAUAACCCAAAAUUAACAGGAAGUAACUAAAAUAAACAUGAUAUAACCCCAAAAUUGAGACUUGGCUUUAAUGGGAACGUCGCCUGAAGGUGGCCAUGUUGGUAGCGGAGAUGAAAGGUCUUUUCAUGCAAAUCAACAAAACCCUAACCAAAAAUUGCCGUCGGUGGCAGACAAUGAAGUAAAACGGUGCUUCAUGGCUGCUCAUCGUGUUAAUAUGAGAUCUCUUUUAUUGUGGCAGCAAUACAUUUCCACAUCCUUUAAACACUUGAAGUCACCCGUCUGCUUUUUGUAUUUUGAACUGCUGAUAUUCACUCGCGUGUGGCGUUUAAUCAUUAACGCUCUUUAGUAGGUAUGUCGAUAUCUCUGGCCUAGCGGCGUAACCUCUCAUUUGUCACUCAUUCGUGAAAUCGUGUCUGUCGUUUGAGUUCAAAAUGAGUUCAACUUCAUGGUUUGUGGUUUGUUAAAAAAAAAAAAAAAAAAAAAAUGGAGCUUCAUAUGUGCCU